AUGGCCAUGACUGCAUCUUCGACGAGAAGGAUGGGCGAAAAAGGUUCGCAAAACUUCUUUCGUGCCUCGGCCAAAGCAGUCGCCAGUGUUCUCUCUCAGCGCAUCCAGGUUCUCGAGCAAAGGCUGGGCGAACAAGAAGCCCAGAACGAGGCCGAGCGCGCUGCGGCGGUCAACUCAUUUGGCAUCGAAAUGACUUCUGCCUCGAACCACGGAGACCAGCCGCCACCAUACGAUGCUGUGUCCUUCACCACUGAGCCGGACCCCGGUACCAUAGUGGUCUCCACAGACGCUGACUCCUCGCCUGAGCAGCCCGACAGGGGUUUCGAUACUGAGGAGGUCUCGACCCUUAUCCGAAGAAUUAUCCCCCUGCCUAUGCGAUUUGACAUGACGACAGGACGAACCCGAUACUUCGGCCCCACGGCGAACAUGAAUGUCCUAUCUGGGGAAUAUGGAGGCGCUACGAACGGGAUGUGUACCCCCUUAAGUAACCCUCGGGGAAGUGCUGGGCCAGUGACGGUAGCUGGAGGAGAGCGCCGCGAAACCCAUUGGCCGAUCUGCCUGAUUGCCCGCGAUGUCCUGCCCGAAACUCACAAUUACCUGAUGGAUCUAUUCUGGGCAUGCCACAACUCGGUCGUGCACUUGGUGCAUUUUGACGCUUUCUAUAAUGAUCAGGAUCGUGGAGGCACCCAAUUCUACUCGACAUUCCUCCACAUGGUGAUGCUGGCAAUUGGCUUCCGUUACGCGGACAAAUCGCGGGUGGAUAUUCAGCGUCUGACUGUAGCUGGCCAGGGGAAUGGGGCCAUCUCUACCUUGCAUGAGAAAGCACGGGCCAUGGCGAAGCUAGAGAUGGACAGGCCAGGCGGGAUCCCCGCGAUACAGGCCUACCAGCUUCUGGGAGACAUGGAAUUUUACAGUGGUCGAGACGAUACCGGUUGGAUCUACACGGGGAUGUCAUUCCGCAUGAUCUUCGAUACUGGCCUACAUGCAGACCCGAGCCUGCUGAAGCUAACCGAACGGGAGACGCAAAUCAGGCAUAUGACUCUGUGGGCGAGCCUCGUAACUGACAAAUCCUGGUCCUUAUAUCUCGGCCGUCCUACGAAUCUCAAGACAUCAGAUAUCUCGACUGCCUGCCUGUCCUUUGACUUUGGCCGCCUUGCGGCGUGUCGACCGUCUGGUCAUGAGAAGAAGAUUGGAACACGCAUCUACGAGGCUCUUUUGCGACUGAUGGAGCUCGUUAGCCGAUUGUGUUCGGAAGCGCCAAGACCUCCUCCCCCAACCUCGACCCCAGAACAUCAAUCGGCUUCCGCAUCUUCCACAGAAGCUUACUUCAAAAUGGUGGCCAUGGGUCAGGAGCUCAAGUCAUGGUACUCGGGGCUACCUGAAGACUUGAAGUGGCCAUCUGAGAAGCAGUCGACGAUGCCUCCUUCAUAUUUCUUGCUCCACACCGCUUACCACACCUCACUGAUCCUCCUUCAUCGCCCAUUCGUCCCAUAUUGCGACCCCUUGGCGUCUACCCCAGUCACUGCAUCCCCUCCAACACGCGAAUUCGAUCCUUCAAGCACGACCGACAACGGUGCCGGCACUGACAGCGACGCUCCUAUCCGAUCACAUUUCAUCGCCCUCAGCCGCUCGGUGUGUGCUGACUCUGCAAGACGGACUGUCGCAGUGCUUCAACACUACAGCAGUCGUUUCGACCCGGCCCAGGCCUUUGGCACGGCCGUACAGCAUGCUGGGAUAGCGGCGUCCUCAUUGAUGGGCGAAGUCCUCUUGCAGCAGCAUUCUUCAAACCCAAGGUCGAGGGCAUCGCCAGAGAUGAGACGACUCAUCAAGGCAGAUAUUGUCUAUCUUCGCCAGGUUCUGGGCAUCAUGUCUCGUAACUACCAACCCGCGGCAGUCAUGGCAUCAUCCAUAGACCAGUUCCUCAGCGGCACACAGAUCCGUGCCCUUGACGGACCCAUUGCUUCUCCCUACACAAUCACACAACAGACAGACUACUACGAUACGUAUCCUGAAGUCGUGCCAGGCCAGAUGCGGAAGCGAGCCCCCUUUCACAACUCGGUCCUGACCUCACGUGCCCCGUCGCCGGUCACACCGGCCCCCGGCGGCCUCCCCUUCUUGCUUUCGCCUUUCCUCGGGCGUCUUGGCGCGGACGAGUCUACUUUCGCAGAGCUCGGUGGCCACGCCGACUAUGAUUUUUCUUGGGAUCUAGCAAGCAGUCUGGGGCUUCCCUGA